UUUGGACUUCGAAUUCUUAUGGCCACUCAAGCUACAUACGUCGUCCCUAGAUUUAUCCUGACGCCAUACCGGGCUUAAAAUUCUACUGCAAGUUGCAGAAGGUACUUCUACGAUAUCGCUGAAUGGCCACUGCGUACUCAGGUUCGGAUACCUUUAAUCUGAGUGCCAAACGGAUUCGAAAAGAUGGGCCACUGGGAGGUCUCCAUCUAUCUACUUGUGUUCCGCUCGCUGCUUGCUCAGGUUUCUUUCACUUCACUGGUACAAAAGAUCUUGUUGUCGAUGCCUAUUGGUUGAUAUACUUGGAUUUCGUUAACGCCAUCCUCGAUGAUCGCCCCAAUUACCCCGCCUCGCAGAUCGCCUUCCGUACCAAAAAUAACGACUGACGAAGGAAUUAUUGCUAUUUCGAAAACCUUAUUUCCUUAAAUCACCUACCAAAUGCUCCG